GCAGGGUUUAGGAUGACGUACUGCAACUUUGUGUCUCGAUCACUCUGCUACUCGCCUGGCUACCUCCUUUUGCAGGAAAAAGAUCCACCUGGAAUAGCUGAAUAGCUGUCUAUCCUGUCAUUUUGGGGGAUUUUAUGUGAAUAUUUUGUAAUAAGUUUUGGUGUCAGACUCCUCUGUCCACCCAGCACUAUGGACUUUCCUGAUUUGAGGGUGGUCAUAAUGGAUAUGAAGAGGGGAACCCUUGCCAAAACACAUUCUGCAGCUCCUUUCUGGAACAGAUUACAAUUUUCCAACUGAAACUCUCCACGGGAACAUCGUUGCCUAAGGUCAACUGAGGUCUUAACUGUUACUGAAGAAAAAACAUUGAAACAAAUAGUUUUGAAUAUUUUGUAUAUUCAAAUUUGUAUCUUUUUUUUUUUUUUUAUCCAAGUUUUGAUUUCGGAAUAGCAUACACUCUGAGGUAAGCAUGGUGUUGAUGAAGGUAAAGUUUGACUUGCCCAAGCGGGUGAAGCUUGCCCAGGGCCUGUGGCUCAUGUACUGGUUGGCAGUGAUGACCGGCAUCCUGGUCUUCAGCCUGGGGCUGUUCUUUAAGAUCGAGCUCCGGAAGAGGAGUGAGAUGAUGGACAACAACGAGAGCCAUUUUGUGCCCAACCUGUUAAUCCUAGUUGGCCUAGCUGCUUGCGGGCUAAAUGUUUUUGGCGGCAAGGUGUGCCACGACUCUCUGGAUGCUAUGAAGUUUGUAAAGUGGAAGCCCAUGGUCAAGGGCUACCUGAUGGGCUGUUUUGCUUUCAACAUCCUCCUGUUCUUCACAGCUUUGCUGUGCUUCUGCAUGCAGUUCCAGCUGUACUUUGCCCUGGCUGAGGGUCUGAAGAAUGGAAUAAAAUACUACAAGGAUACAGAUACACCUGGACGCUGCUUCAUGAAGAGGACGCUGGACAUGACCCAGAUCGAGUUCCGCUGCUGUGGUAACAACAACUAUAGGGAUUGGUUUGAGGUCCAGUGGAUCAGCAACCGCUAUCUGGACUUCAGCAACGAUGAAAUCAAAGACCGUGUCCUGAGCAACGUGGAGGGGAAGUUUCUGAUGGAAAGUGUUCCAUUCAGCUGCUGCAACCCUGGCUCCCCCAGACCCUGCAUCCAGCACCAACUGACCAACAACUCAGCCCACUAUGACUACGACCACCACACCGAGGAGCUCAACAUCUGGACCCGGGGCUGCCGCGAGUCCCUUGUCGCCUACUACGGAGGCAUGAUGAACAGCAUCGGGGGCCUGAUGCUACUGUACAUCAUACUGGAGGCAGUAGUGAUGGUAGGCUUACAGUACCUGACCACUUCUCUGGAGACUAUGGCCGAUCCAGAGAACCCGGAGAGUGAGAGCGAGGGCUGGCUCCUGGAGAAGAGUGUGAAGGAGACGGUGGCAGACGUCAUAACAAAGAUCAAGGGCCUGGUCGGUGCAGGGAACCAGGUGGGGGAGGGGGAGGAGGGGGUGGCCACUGUGAGUUGAAAGGGUCCCACCCAAAGGGGCUUUUCCUAUUGACGGGAGCUCAAAGAGAAAUAGAAGGAGUGAGAGGAGAGAGACAUCUUCUCAGUGAAACAACACACAGACACAUACACUCAUACAUACACAGACACAAAAAUGGACACAUGCACACACCCUUUGAAAAGUGAACAACUAAUCUACUCACAUGAAGUGAGAACCAAACUCAAAAAUGUGAAUGUAUAUCCUGUCCAUAAUAAUUCUGUAUAUAUGUUAAUCAGAGUAUAUUUUUUAAAGAAAAAUUAUGAAAAAUAUAUUUGGGUUGUCAAAAGAUCUGUACAGUAUACAUGAAUUUGGGCUUGUGAAUAUGAAGAAAUUGUAAUGAAAUAAUGAAAGAAUCUCCCCUUCCCUCCCCGGCAAUACUCUCCAUGAAAAACUAUGGACCUACCCUGAAACCAUCAAGCCUAACAUAGUUUAUCUAUCCUCAUGUCUAAUAGUUUUACCCCUAUGUCCUUGCUAGACUCCACAACUUGUGUUAAGUGGACAUGCAACCCGAUAGCUACACAAAGAUAUAUGUAAUCUGAAUUUCUUCUUAGUCUGCUCAAUUCAACUGAAUUUUCUAAUCCAAAACACAUUAUCAAUGCCUAAUGGCACCCAGUCAAUCGGUCACAUACGUUCUCUCAUGGCAGCUUAAAUCAGGCAGCAGCGGAACCGGUGUCCUAGCUGUCCCUCCCAGCCCCCUCUCACACUGCCCCCUGAGGGGGGACACAUGGACCCGGGCACUGUAGUGUCCCCAUACACGUCCCGGCAGAGCGGUGCCACAUGCAUUCAAAUCUAUACAGCACAGACUUGAACAUUUAUCGGUUAUGUAUCAGUGUUGCUAUCGGGUUAUAUGUCUGCUUCAUGUACGAGGCAGAUUGAACUCUGAUUGUGUAGUCCUUUGAGGGGUUACAGUGGGCUGAAUGCCCAGAUGAGGUGCUGGGAGCACUUAAAAGAAGAAGAUUCUGUACUUUUUUGAGCGAAAGAUGAUCAGAUUGGCAGUUUAAAUCAGCAUACCCUGUAUGAGCAGAUAGAGAUACUGGUCAGUUUGCAGUGGAUACAAAAAGUCUUAUCAGUUGUCAUAUUUUUACUUUCUGUGUGACCACUAUUUUCUUCCUUUGUAAUAUUGAGAGUUAAUCUUUUCUGUAAAUUUGGAUUUUGAGAUAUUGUGUAAGAUAAAGAUAUAUAAAGAGAACAAGAGUCUGAUUGUCUGUUUUGUCCAUAAUGUUUUGUCUGACAUGAGUCAUUUCUAAAUUG